AUGAAAUUCUUAGCUGUAUUAUGUUUAAUUUUAAUUGCUUUUGCUUUUGCUGCUGCAAAUAAUCACGGAUGUAAUAAUCAACCAUGUGGCCAAGGUAGAAUUUGUCACACCUUAAGAGGUUUCUGUAGCUGUGUUGAAAUCCAAAAAUGCAAAGAUGUUGAAUUAUUUUCAAAGAUUAUGAAUCAAUGGGAAGUUGAUGGCAAAGUCUUUACCCAAUAUGAUGUUUCAAUUUCAAACAAUCUUGAUGCUGAUAUCUCACAAAUCUACAUCGGUACUGAUGCCUCAUUAACAUUAAGAGAUUAUGCUUCAAUCUGGAAUGUUAAUAGAUUACCAAAUGGUGAACUCACCUUACCAGGUUACCAACCAUCAAUCAACAAAAACUCAACCUAUACUUUUGGCUUCAUCUUAAAAGGUAACACCAGUGCCAACCUUGCCAUUUUAGCCACUGUUUUCAACUAA